ACUCUGCCUUCUCAAACUCGAACCCAUCUCAUAAACCUUUGAAAGAAACUAACUGAAAAUCGACUCUCGUUUGCUUCGGUUUUCUCCUACGCUUCUUCACCGCCGGAAUUCUGCUUCCUCCGCCGUAAACACCCAAAAUGGAGGCUUCCCGGCUAUCUUCAACUAAACCCGUUCAAGCUCUGAAGCCGACGAAGACUGUUUCUUUAGAUGAAGAUGUCACUAAAGCCUCCGAUGCAUUGCCGCUUCCUUUGCACCUGACGAAUGCUGCUUUCUUUACCCUUUUCUUCUCGGUGGUUUACUUUCUUCUUUCCAGUUGGCGUGAAAAGAUCCGUACCUCCACGCCUCUCCACGUCGUCACCUUCUCCGAGAUCGUCGCGAUUAUCGCCUUUGUCGCAUCGUUCAUUUACCUUUUGGGGUUCUUCGGGAUUGACUUUGUUCAGUCUUUGGUUUUCCGACCGACCCCCGACGUUUGGAUUUCCGAGGACGAGGAGGAGGAAAAUGAAGUUCUGCUUCGUAAAGAAGAUGCCCGUAAAGUCCCUUGUGCACAAGCUCUCGAUUGCUCGCUGCCUUCUCUGCCUCCUCAGGCACCCAUCGUCACUGCCCAGAAAGUGUUCGAUGAAAAGCCUGUGACAGUUUUAACGGAGGAAGAUGAGGAGAUAAUUAAAUCCGUAGUGGCGGGAACAACCCCUUCUUAUUCGUUGGAAUCGAAACUAGGUGAUUGCAAGAGAGCGGCUGCAAUCAGGCGUGAGGCGUUGCAGAGAUUAACUGGGAAGUCGUUGUCUGGAUUGCCCUUGGAGGGGUUUGAUUACGAGUCGAUUUUAGGGCAGUGUUGUGAGAUGCCGGUUGGAUACGUGCAGAUUCCCGUUGGAAUUGCUGGGCCUCUGUUGCUUAAUGGAAGAGAGUUCUCGGUUCCCAUGGCAACCACUGAAGGAUGCUUGGUGGCCAGCACUAAUAGGGGUUUCAAGGCUAUUCAUUUGUCUGGUGGAGCUACUUGUGUUCUGUUGAAAGAUGGAAUGACUAGAGCUCCUGUCGUGAGGUUCGGUACGGCGAAAAGGGCAGCUGAUUUGAAGUUCUAUUUGGAGGAUCCCGAUAGCUUCGAGACCUUAUCUGUUGUUUUCAACAGAUCAAGUAGAUUUGGUAGGCUUCAAAGUAUCAAAUGUGCAAUUGCAGGGAAGAAUCUGUAUAUGAGGUUCACUUGCAGUACCGGUGAUGCAAUGGGGAUGAACAUGGUUUCCAAGGGAGUCCAAAACGUUUUGGAUUUCCUUCAAACCGAUUUCCCUGACAUGGAUGUCCUUGGCAUCUCCGGAAACUUUUGUUCCGACAAAAAACCGUCUGCAGUAAAUUGGAUCGAAGGACGAGGCAAAUCUGUUGUCUGCGAAGCCAUCAUUCCAGGCGAUGUGGUGAGGAAGGUCUUGAAGACAAGUGUGGAAUCUCUCGUGGAGCUUAACAUGCUUAAGAACCUUACUGGCUCAGCCAUGGCUGGAGCUCUGGGUGGAUUCAACGCUCAUGCUAGUAACAUUGUGUCUGCAGUCUUCAUAGCUACUGGUCAAGAUCCGGCUCAAAACGUCGAGAGCUCUCAUUGCAUCACCAUGAUGGAAGCUGUUAACGACGGCAAGGACCUUCACGUCUCUGUCACAAUGCCUUCUAUCGAGGUAAUCAAUCGUGUCACUGUCCGAUUAUUGAAACACAAGAUGUUAGUGCCUAAUUAUCUGUAUUCCUCCAUGAUUCAUCCUUUAGGUUGGCACUGUUGGUGGUGGAACUCAACUUGCAUCUCAGUCAGCAUGUUUGAAUUUACUCGGAGUGAAAGGUGCAAGCAAAGAGACGCCCGGAGCAAACUCGAGGACACUGGCAACCAUAGUAGCCGGUGCGGUCCUUGCUGGGGAGUUGUCGCUCAUGUCUGCAAUUUCUGCUGGGCAACUAGUUAAUAGCCAUAUGAAGUACAACAGGUCAAGCAAGGAUGUUUCCAAGGCUUCUUCCUAGAGAGGAAAAAAGUUUCAAAAACCCCAUGGUAGAAAUGUACCGAGGAAACAAAUCUCUUUGUAAUAAGCUGGAAGGAGAAAUCGUCCCUUUGUAAUUCUUCUUUUAUUUAUUUUGUAUUUUCUUUCUUUUAUAUUAUAUAAUCUAAGACAAAA